AUGCCGCAGGAGAUCCAGCUGAACCAAUCAGCUUCGGAAGUCAUUCCUGUGGAAGGAACGACAUGCACGGGGCCACAGGGGAUGGGAGCGGUUCACGUCACACAGAACCUUCAGGAGAAUAGAAGUUUUUCUGCUUCGGUGAUCCUGGGCUCCGAUAAAAGGUUCUACUGCCUCUGGAUACUGGCAGACUUCCUGUUCGCGAACAAACCAUACGACCUUGUGGACGGAUCCUAG